GAGUUGAACGGCAUCCCAAUCAUAGACCCCCGAGAUGACGCUCCGAAAUGGAAUCAGACUGACGUCGUCUCAGUGCUGGAAGGAGCGGGAUGGAAGGACGUGCAGAUCUUUGCGGGGCCUCGUCGUCGGCUUGGGUGGCUCAUCAAAGGCAUCUGUCCAGGCGACGGGAGCAGUAUGCUUGAGGCAAUAGAAGCUGGGAGCGUGACUUUGGUUUUACAGAAGUCCACAGGCUCUCGCCCAGCUCAGCUCACAGGCGUGCCGCUCAGGCAUGCUGCAAGUGUUGGACGUGGUCACAACAGGUUCGCAGGCCUCGCCGAGGCGAACACUGGCGAGGCUGGAAACAUGGAUGUCGAGGUGGCGCCCACGCUGUCUGACGAAGGAGACGAUGAGGACAUGAAAAACGGUCCGGAAAAACGAGCUAAGGGGACUCCUCAAAAGCAGUCGCUCAAGAAGACCAAGCUUGACCCGCUCGCCGUCUUCAGCUCUAAGUACAGGCUCCUGGAGUGUGGCGGUGGCGGUGCCUGCGGCUACAACAGCGUGGCCAUCGGUGCUUCUCUGGUCAAAGGCGAAAAAUGGGAGGACGUCAAAGACGAAGCGGUCCAGCGAGGCCGCACUCUUCGUUGGGAGGUUUCGCAGCAGCUGCGCAGCAAGAAGCAGGACUACAAAAAGUCUUGGGCGGUGGACAGCCGAUGGACGGAGCAAACGGAAGGGGGAAGUGUCCCUCAGACGUUUGAAGCAUGGCUGGAUACUCUUUCAAGAGAUGGUAGGUACAUCUGCGGAACCACGCUGGAGGUUGCAGCUUUGAGACUUGGCAUCACCAUCGCUGUUCAUCAAUACAAAGACGAGCAAUGGAUGGAACCUAUCAUAUUUGGCAAGAGCAAGAAGCACAUGAUUGGCCUGGUGCUUAAAGACCAACAUUACAUGCUUAUUGCGCCGACGGAGGACGAACCUCUUCCAGAAGAAUGGCGCAAAGGCACAAAGUUUGGCAUGCACACUACACUUUGCAGAGGAGGUGGUUGGCUCCCUUCACAUGCUCCCUCCUCUUCGGCGGCUUCCUCGCGACACAGCAAGCAGAAGCAGCAGGGUGCUAAGUGGCUUCCCACAACUACGCCGUCCACUUCCUCAGGGGCUUCUACGACAAGACGUGGUACAAAGCGCAGCAGCACUGUGGCCUUCGGCAGCGGAAAACGCCAGAAAGACACGAAGCAGCGAGAGCGGCUGCCUCCGCUUCUGUGGACGUGCAACGGAUGUGGCCAGGACUUCAGGGCAAAGACUUUUCACAAGCUUACCAUGAAGCGCACCAACCACCUCGCGCGCAAGCACAAGGGAGAGGAUAGAUCCAAGUUCAACCGCAUCCGCGCUCAGCCGGCUGAGGUUGCAGUCGGACCUAUUCCUCUUUGCCAACAAGCUUGGACAUGCGCAAAGUGCCGAUGUGGACUCCCUUCGAUGGACAGACAGAUUUUGCGCAAGUUCGCCAAACAGCACCUGGACAAGUGUUCCAAACUCACCAUGAUGGAGAAUCGCAAGCAGGUCGCCGCCAAGGGCUUGCUACGCGAAAGACAUGCCGAUGAGAAGCAUCACUUGGUCAAAGAAAGGGCGAAAGUUUUCGAGAAAAAGCGCAAGAAGUUGGAGAAGCAGACAGGCCAUAGCUUGUGUAUGGUCAACGUCAGGUAUGGAGUCCGUGCCACGACCAUCACUUGCUCUACAUGUACUUCAACCUUCGAGAUGGUGGGAGCAAUCGCGCGUGGCACUUGCAAAGGCACCGGUUUCAGGAAGCCUUUGCUCAGGCUCAAGCGCAAGAUGAUGGCCAAGAUCCAUUUGCAAGACAGCGAAGGCCUCCAGCGGCUUUGGGAGGCUUGGGAGCUCAGCAGCGAGGAGCGCUCCUUUGCCGCGAACCUCGUCUCCAAGCAACGCGAGAUGGUGACGUUCAUCCCCAUCCUGGUCCUCUCCGGCAGAGAAAACACGUGGGAUUUUAUCGAGGCGGUGAGCAACAGUGAUAUUGUAGCCAUUCAAGAAGUGCAGAUGACUGAUGCUCAACUCUGCUCUUUCGAGCGCAAGUGCCGUGAGCAAGGCUUUUUGGUUUGGGCGGCCCCUGCUGUGACUGACCGAGGCAGGCAAGCUCAUGAUACCAUUCUUUUGACUCGCGACUAUCUCCAGUCUCGUUUUGUGGCAGACUACGGCGGCCAAGAUGGUAGUUUCAUAGCUGUAAAGGUGCAAGGAUGCGUUUUCCUGGCACUGCAUGCCAAGCCGUGGGUUCUCAGUGCGGAUAGCUACGACAUGGAGUUGGUCUCGGUCAUCGCCAGCUUGGACGCGGACGCUGCCUGGGCUGCGUUGGGAGACUACAACGAAGAGCCAGAUGCCUGUUCUCUGCAGUUCCUGCUUCACGAAGGCGGAGCCACCACAAUGGCUUUGUCGACUGCAGGCCGCUGGGUUCCUACUAGAUGGGAAAGCAAUAGGGCCAUCGACUACCUGGUGUCCAACAUUCCGCAAUAUUUCAUGGUGCAAAAUCACUGGGAAGAGAAGUACGGCGAUCACAAGGUGGUCGAAUUUUCCUAUCGCUCCAGCACCCCGAUACAGCAAUCAUGGUGUUUGCCAACGACGGUCAAGUACGACAAACCGGAGGACAUCACUCCCGCGAAGUGGAAGCAAGAUCUUGCCAAAGCUUGGGCCGAGCGACGCGGCGACAUCCCUAGGCACGCCAGCACGGAAGAGCAGUACUGGUGGUUUUGUUCGGAACUUGAAGCUAUGUUUCGCAGAGCUUUGCGGGGUCAAGCCCCUCACAUUGCUGGCAAGCGUCCCAAAGGCACCGCGGCAGCUCUGCAACCUCGUGCUUGGCAACAUGGCGCUCAUAAUGGUGGAGAAGGACGGCAUCAGGAACGCAAACUUCGAAUUGCUGCUGGUCGCCUUCGUGCCCUUAUGAGGAUUCCCGAUCACCAUCAGGCCUGCCGCCAACAGCUGCAGGCUAAACUGGCCAGAGCUAUCGGGUUUGACGCUCGGGUGGAUUCGGUCGCUCACGUCCUUCGCAAGAUCGAGAAUCAGAUCGCUGACACAGUCAAGAACAGUCAGAAAGCUCGUGUUCGAGACUGGCGUGAGCGCAUGAAGUCCAAUGGUGCUUUCAAGUGGAUUAAGAAGGGGCUCUGCAGAAUCCCCAACUCCAUCUACUUGGUUGGCGAUGAAAGCACAGCCUCGGCUACCAUUGGCGAAGCUUUGGACUGCUUGCGACGACAUUGGCGACGCAUCUGGGACAGACCUCCGGUGAGAUGGGAAGAUGUUCAGGAAGCUUACAGUUUCCCUGCCAACUGCACCUACACUUGGAAGUGCCCCGAGGCGGGAGAGCUGGCCGCCGCCGCCAAGUCUCAAGCCGGCAGAGCCGCUGGUCUGGAUGGCUGGAGCGGUGACGAACUCGCUGCGGUCCCCGAAGCUGCUUGGCAAUGCUUCGCCGAGCUGCUGCGCAUAUGGUUUUCAAGAGCAAGGGAGGGCGAUCGCUAUCCUUUCCCGAUGGACUGGCGAUGUAUUAAGCAAGUGCAUAUUCCCAAGGCUUCUGCUACGCAGCAACGCAGUCAGGCAACUCCUAUCUCCUCUAAGGACAUGCGGCCGAUUUCGCUGGAAUGCACGCUUUGGAGAGUGACCAUGUCUUGUGUGGCGCGCCAACACAAGUUCAAAGAAUGGGUGAAUGGAUGGAAGCCUGACUGUGCCCACGGCGCUCUUCCUGGUUUGGGCGUGCACACGGCAGUGGCGGUUCUCGAUGAGGCCUUCCGCUCCGGUGAAGCCAUCGUCAGUCAGGAUUUCUCCGAGGCCUUCGACAGAGCAAGUCCGGAGUUGAGCAUCAACGCGUUGCGCAAGGCUGGCAUCGCUCCCGAGUUGGCUGCUGCGCUGGAGUGGGUUUGGGCGCACCAAGUUAGGUGGCUUUGCUUUGGACACUACGUGCACCCCCAGUCGCAGGAGGUCUGUACGUCAUUGCCUCAGGGAGAUCCUCUCAGCCCGUUGGGUCUCCUGGCGCUCAUGUGUGGCCCCUUACAGCAGGUGCAGCAAGACAUGCGUGUACGAGGUCAUGAUUGUACAAUCGUCACCUACGUGGACGAUCGCAACUCGGUCGUGGAGUCCGUGGAAGCGGCCGCCUCGCUGGUGGGAAGCUGGCGACGCGAAGCCCCUCGUUUCGGCAUGAAGGAGAAUGAGACCAAGCUUCGCAUCGUGCCGAGAGGUGGAGCCGCCAAACGACAGCGGUUCAAGAAUCAGCUUAUGGCCAAGCUGGUUUGCCCGGAUUCCACGGUGGUGGACACGCAGCGCAUCUUGGGCGUGGAUGUUGGCGGCGCAGCCACGGCCGACAUUCCACUCGCGACAGGAGCUGCUCGUCUGGUCGAAGCUGAGCGCCGUGCGCGUCGAGUAGCGAUGAUCUCCCAAGGACGUGAGUGCAUGAAGACUUUCCUGGCCACUUCGGUCUCUGCGGUCGCUCAGUGGGGAUGGUGGUUGCGCGAACCUAGGAAAGAACUCCAAAAGUUUGCCAAAAUCAUGCGAAUUGGCCUACGGGAUGCGAGUACUACUUGGUCCAAGUAUUUGCGGAAAAUUUUCCUGGGCCACAGACUGGACGGGUUCUUUGCUAUGGGUUUUCAUGCAUGGACGAUGCUGAGGGCAGCUUUCCAAGCUGGUCAUGUGCAGCGGUGGGAGCAUAGAAAUUGCGUAGGCACCUGGCUCAACCGCGUGCAACGCUGGCUCUUGAAGCUGAGUUGGAGAGAAGUCUCUCCUUGGCGAUGGCGACACUCAGAUUUUGGGGAAGUUUUCUGGAGUAGCAGUGGGCAGGGCAAGAGUCAGCACGACCAUGCUCUCAGAGAAUCAUGGAGACAACAAUGCUUCAAUGAUUUCUUGGCCCAACAGAGAAGGGAUUCGUCGGAAGCUGUUGCUCAUGCCGUCCAUUACGACGGCGAGCGGCUAAAAGCGGCAAUCGCUGCAGCAUGUGAGUACGGCCUUCACGCUUCGGCCGUCUUGGGGGGUGGAGUCGUAAGUGACGCACUGUUUGCUGUACAAUGCAAAUUGCCUUUACCACAGCAGUGUUCAUGGUGCAAACUUCAUGUGGUCCCUGGUUGGGAUCACCAGUGUUGGCAGUGUCAGUGCGAGGCUUUUUCUGCCACUAGGCCGUCUGUGCCUGAAGAUUUCAUGCAACGUCGCUUUGCGUGGCCGUGUAUGCAGAGCAAGGACUACGAUACAGCUGUGCUUCGACAUGUCACAUCAGUUCGGCAAGAGCUGUUACGUGCCAGGUGGGAAAGUCGCCCUGCUGGGAGCGACGACUCCGUCGAUCGAUGA